GGUGAACUCCGCACAAGCCACCCGUGCGUUCAUUGUAGGCGACUGUCUUCCGUGAAUAUCCGCACUAAAUUAAGUACUUGAUUUAGAACACUGCGGAUUCUACGCAUACGGAUGGCCCGCAGGCGGACAGUCCGUACGGACCGUAUGCACUGCUGUGUAACCAGCCUUAAGGGUCCAGCAGUGGUAGUGGUAAGCGGAGCUCAUCUUUGCGUGGUCAUAAUCUCGACGACAAUUGUCAAUUUCCCCGGAACUUGCUGCCUGACGAAUCGAAUAAACAAAUUUGUUUACAACAACAAUGGAUUAGGGGCUUAUAGUUUCGAGUUUAAAACUGAAGAUGGAACAUAUAGAAAAGAAGAUGGUGGUAUCGUAACCCGGACAGAAGGCUCUAGCAUGGUAGUAAGAGGCGAAUAUGGGUACGUAGACCCGGAAGGACGCUACUAUACUUUGAAGUACAUAGCCGAUGCCAACGGCUUCCAACCACAACUUGAAGAAGACACUAGAUUCAAUGAUAGACGAAUUGUGUAAUG